AGCUCAAGUCCAUCGCGACCCAUCGCAACAACUGCCCGAAGAGAUCACCCUGCAGCUCCUUGCCAGAGUGAUGCCGCGAACGCCCAUAGUCGGAGGCAACUGGAAGUGCAACCCCGCCAAGCUGGCAGACGCAAAGGCGUUGGUGGAUGCUUGGAAGGAGAAGCCUUUUGACAAGGAGAAGGUGGAGGUGGUGAUCGCCCCCACGGCUCUGCAUCUGGGCAGCGUGAAGAGUUCCCUGGAGGCGAUUGGCAUGAAGGUGGCGUCGCAGAACGUGGGCAAGAACGACAUGGGCGCCUUCACUGGAGAAUGGACCGCAGGGCAUUUGCAGGACAUGGAGAUUGGCUACACUCUCAUCGGCCACUCCGAGCGGCGCAGCAAGUACGGAGAGUCCGACGAGGACACCGCGGCAAAGGUGGAGAAGUGCCAGGCCGCCGGCCUCAAGGUGCUCUUCUGCAUUGGUGAGCUCUUGGAGGAGCGCGAGUCCGGGAAGACAGACGAGGUGAACAAGCGCCAGCUCGCGGCCGUCAUUCCGAAAGUCACCAACUGGGAUCUGAUGGUCAUCGCCUACGAGCCGGUCUGGGCCAUCGGAACUGGCAAGGUGGCCACCCCUGACCAGGCAGAGGAGACACAGGCCGCCAUCCGAAACUACAUCAAGGAAGCCGUGAGCGCCGAAGUGGCUGACAAGGUGCGCAUCCAGUAUGGAGGCAGCGUCACGCCAGAGAACUGCAAGGAGCUCAUGGCCAAGCCCAACAUCGACGGCUUCCUGGUAGGCGGCGCUUCUUUGAAGCCUACCUUCAUGGACAUUGUUGCCGCAUGCCAGGGCUGAAUUUUCGGAGUGACGGAAGGGACUCGAUCUGCCAACUAGAAACCUGGGGGGGUC